AUGGAUAUGUCUGCGAAUGGUACAAGCAACGGCAAGGCUCCAGCUGAGGAGCCUCGCAACACUCAACACUUGAUCAAUGUCCAGCCGGCCCGCCCAAAUGAACUGCAACCCAAAUAUGCCCAGAGAAUCCAGCACGACGAUGACAACCCUGAUGCGCACGGCUGGUAUGCCGCUAUGAUUCACAGCCUGGGUGAAUGUAUCGGUUUCUGUGGUGCUAUCCCCUGCUGCAUCUGUUGCCCCAACCCCUUCAAGCCUGUCGACCAAGGUGCAGUUGGUCUCAUUUCACGAUUCGGACGCUUUGAGCGAUCAGUUGAUCCCGGUCUGGUCAAGGUCAACCCACUCAGCGAGCAUAUCACCACUGUCGAUGUCAAAAUUCAGAUUGUCGAAGUGCCCCGUCAGGUCUGCAUGACCAAGGACAACGUCACCCUCAAUCUGACCUCCGUCAUCUACUACGAAGUGGUGUCCCCCCACAAGGCCGCAUUCGGAAUCUCCAACGUGCGACAGGCCCUCAUCGAGCGCACACAGACCACCCUGCGCCAUGUGAUCGGAGCUCGCGUCCUGCAGGACGUGAUCGAGCGCCGCGAGGAGAUCGCACAGUCCACAUCCGAGAUCAUCGAGGAAGUCGCGGCUGGAUGGGGUGUGAAGGUGGAGUCGAUGCUCAUCAAGGAUAUCAUUUUCAGCAACGACCUGCAAGACUCUCUCUCCAUGGCUGCGCAAUCCAAGCGCAUUGGUGAGAGCAAGGUCAUUGCCGCGCGCGCCGAAGUCGAGUCUGCCAAGUUGAUGCGCCAGGCUGCCGAUAUUCUAUCCUCGGCCCCUGCCAUGCAGAUCCGUUACUUGGAAGCCAUGCAAGCUAUGGCCAAGACUGCCAACAGCAAGGUUAUCUUCCUCCCCGCGCCGAACCAGACUGUGCAGUCCUCACUCACUGCCGCUGAGAAUGCCGGUGAAGGUCCCAGCAACUACGGCGCCACAUCUCAAGUAGAUGAUGGUUUCCAGCGCGCGAUGAACGCGCGUGUUGUGGAGGACAUCUAA